UCAUUCUCUGCUAAACUACAGCCUAGUGCCCAAGUACACCAUUCAAUUGCAUUACCUCGGCAAUAUGAGAGUGAACACGUUUUUCGGCUUGUGUCUGCUGUGGCUGGUGAUGCUGCUAGUCUGUACACCUGCUACCCUAGGAGCAGGACACACAAGAUCAGAAGGACAAAUUGAAGGCUUCAUCCACGGCGGUCAGGAUGCAAAGAGGCCUAGCACGGGCGCGUUACUGCCCGUGACGUCUUCCCACCUGCGCCCCUUCCGACCAAACAUCUACUACGGACCGCGACCAACCAGGAGGCGCUGUCUGUAUUUCGACAGAUAUGAGUAUGAGACUGGACCCGUUUUUCGCCUUCUGCCUGGUGUGCCUGGUAAUGCUGCUAGCCUGUACCCCAUCUAUCCUUGCAGAGAGAGGACAUGGCAGAAGAACGAAGAGACAAUUUGGAUUCGGCGGUGGUGUAAAUGCAAAGAGGCCGAGUACAGGUGCCUUACUGAGCGUGUCGUCAUCCCACAGACCUUUCCGACCAAACAUCUACCACGGACGGCGACCAACCAGGAGGCGCUGUCUGUAUUUCGACAGAUAUGGUCGAUGUAUUUACUGGUCGAGGUACUGACUUGAUUACAUGCAGACAAUAUUUACUAUGGAAACGGGUUUCUUGUAUUUAUUAAAAUUUGACACAAAAAGGAAAGACAAAGAAUUUCAGUCAAAUGAAUUUUAGGAGGAAAACGUGUUGCUAACCAAGCGUGAAAUAAGUUUUAAUGUUGACGACAGUGUUUAGAAAUUCCAUGUAUGUCAUUUUGUAAAUUGAAAUAAAACCGUUUGUUAAUUAU